UUACUUCUGUGUAUGAAGUAGAGAAAGAUUAGUCUUUAGAACGUUAUAUAUAAGUCAAGAAUCUCCCUAUAGCUCAUUUUAAGUGGAAUACGUGGAUUGUUAGCCCACUCAUCUGAUACCUUGAAUGGGAUCUGGGGGCGAUAAUAUGUAAAAUGGUUUCAAUCAAGCUUUUGCUAUUUUCAGCCGUUUUCGGUUUAAGUAUCUGUGAUAAUAAUAAAGUCCAUCGGUCGGAUGAUUACGAUUUCAUAAACCUUCCGAAAUCGCAUCUUCCGUUAUACUUUCGACGCUUCCCACAACUGGAGCAGAAAUGUCUGGAGGAUGAGUCCUGCGAAUAUCGUGGUGUGCUGACCAGUGACACGUUCAAGACGAAAAAGGCAACAACCUGCUGGGGUUACGAAGAUGAUUGUGAUGUGGCCAAACGAUUCUCGAAACCAAAAUGCCCUGGCAGUUAUCAGGGUUAUGUGAAAACGAAAGAGGCUCAACUUGAAACGUACUACUCACAAGCGGAUUUUGGGUUUCUGCGAGAUCAAAUUCGCGAGAUGAGGAUAAUGUGUGAACCGACAUUUCCUCAAGAUUCGGCGCUGGAGUGUUCCAAAUAUUUGCGGUUCUGCCGAGGAAGGAACAUUAUGGUUAAUUUCACUGAUUUGAUCCAUCGAAGUGAAAAUCUACGCUAUAAAAUGGACGUUCUGUCCCAGGGUCAAAUAGGAGGCCAUUGUAAAUUGCAUCGACAACGGUUGGAACGUGAACUUGAACAUAUGAGUCCUCUUCAAUCAUGGGGUCCCGAAUUGCGGUUCUUUGAAACCGUCAGUAAACCGCUGGCCGAAAGUAAUUACUGUGAUGUGACGAUUGAAAGGCCAUCGUUUAUCAUGAAAAUAGAUGCCAGCAUUAAUAUGUACCAUCAUUUCUGUGAUUUCAUCAAUCUCUAUGGAUCGUUGCACGUCAACUUGUCCGAUCCGACUGCGUUUAGCACCGAUGUGAAUAUAAUGGUGUGGGAAUCGUACAGCUACAGUUCUCCGUUUGCCGAAACUUUCAAAGUGUUUACAAAACACCCGAUUGCCGAUUUGAAGACCUACGCUGGGAAGGUGGUUUGUUUCAAAAACCUCGUGCUUCCACUACUCCCAAGAAUGAUCUUCGGGUUAUACUACAAUACUCCAAUUAUUUCGGGUUGUGAAAACAGUGGACUCUUCCAAGCUUUCUCGGAACACGUCCUGCAUCGAUUGCGCAUUGCUUUGAAAAGCAGCACCGAUCGUAAAAUUCGUAUCACAUUCCUAUCCCGACAAACGAAAUUCCGUCGGGUAUUGAACGAAGACAAACUAAUAGAAGUGAUUUCCGCUAACGAAAAUUACAAAGUUAACCGUGUCAGUUACAGUUACCUGAUGGACUUCCGAGAGCAGCUGAAAAUCACUCGGAACAGUGACAUUUUCAUCGGAAUGCACGGCGCUGGCUUGACACAUCUGCUUUUUCUACCGAAGUGGGCUGCCGUGUUUGAGCUGUAUCACUGCGAGGAUCCCAAUUGCUACAGGGAUUUGGCCCGAUUGAAAGGAAUUCGUUAUCUUACGUGGGAACGCGAUGAUCUGGUUUAUCCUGUAGAUGAAGGGAAACACCCGGACGGUGGCGGAAGGCAUGCCAAGUUUACCAACUACGCAUUUGAUGCAACUGAAUUCGCUCGAUUGGUGGCGCAGGCAGCUAAGCACGUGGUCAAUCACGAAGAUUACAAACAAUUCUUAGAGCGAUCCCGGAAGAAAAUGGAGAAAACGGCUAGAAAGGAGGAAUUGUGAGGGAUGUGGAAUUUUAUUUUUUUAACUAUAGACUAAAAAUACUUAAUCAAUGGGUUAUUCCCGUUGGAAACCAGUGGAUUCCUAAUGAAAGUUUACCAAUGUUGCCUUAUAACAACGAACAAAUAUCAGUAUGCAAUUUUUUUUGUUCCUUCUAAAUAUUUUUGAACGAGCUUUAUUUCACCUCAAAUAUACAAAAGACAAAAAAAACUCAUCCAAAUA